GUUCUGUUUCCUGCGAAACAAAAACGAUGGAGGUUGCUUCAUUCGAUCGUGCCAGUGAGCUUAAGGCUUUCGAUGAAACCAACACAGGUGUGAAAGGACUCGUGGACUCAGGAAUCUCAAAGAUUCCACGUAUCUUCCAUCACUCAUCUCUCAACCUAGCAAACCCUAAACCACUUCCCUCGGACUUGCUUCUCAAGACGAUCCCAACGAUCGAUAUUGGUGGACGGAUCUUUGAAACCUCGAUGGAGCGCAAGAACGCCAUCGAGAGGAUUAAAGAAGCAGCAGGGAAGUGGGGUUUCUUUCAGGUGAUCAACCAUGGAGUUUCUCUCGAUCUUCUUGAGAAGAUGAAAGAUGGAGUUCGUGAGUUUCACGAGCAAUCUCCAGAAGUGAAGAAAGAGCUUUACUCUCGCGAUAUAACGAGGCAAAAGUUUCACUAUUCAAGCAACUUCGAUCUCUACACUUCUCCAGCAGCUAAUUGGAGAGACACAGUUACUUGUUUCAUGGCUCCGGAUCCUCCGAAUCCACAAGAUCUUCCAGAAAUGCUUAGGGAUGUCAUGAUAGAAUAUUCAAAGCAAGUGAUGAGUUUGGGUAAAUUCCUCUUCACGCUUUUAUCAGAAGCUUUAGGUUUGAACCCUAAUCACCUCAAUGACAUGGAUUGCGCUAAGGGUUUGAUCAUGCUUGGCCAUUACUACCCAACGUGUCCAGAACCUGACCUAACUUUAGGCACAAGUCAACACGCAGACACUUCUUUUCUUACCGUGCUUCUUCAAGAUCAGAUCGGUGGCCUUCAGGUACUUCAAGAAGGGUACUGGUUCGAUGUUCCUCAUGUCCCUGGAGCUCUAAUCAUCAACAUCGGAGAUCUUCUACAGCUUAUAUCAAACGACAACUUCGUUAGUUCAGAACAUAGAGUGUUGGCGAACAGAGCAAGUAAAGCUCGAAUCUCUGUAGCAUGUUUCUUCUUCACGGCCAUGACACCGAAUCCUACACUAUACGGACCCAUUAGAGAGAUUGUGUCUGAAGAAAACCCUCCUAAGUACAGGGAGACCACCAUCAAAGAAUACACUGCUCACUUCAAUGCCAAAGGACUUGACGGAACCUCUGCUUUGCUCCACUUUAAAAUAUAAAAACACCAAACAUGGCGAGCUAGCUAGCUACUUCUUUCUUAACACAUAUACGACAUGAUGCGUAAAGAUGUUGGAGAUGUGUGUGAACCAUAUGUAGACUAGACUUUGUUAUUAUGUUUGUGUUAUUGUAUAAGAUCGCUCUCUGUACUUUGUGACACUCACUUGCAAAAGAAGCAACGAACUGAG